GCUCAGAGCUGUAGUCCCUCAGAGCAUCAGCAGAACUACAAAUCCCAGCAGCACCCAGCUCUCCACAAUCCCUAAAGAGGUUUAAGUUGUGCCCGGACGGAUCAAACGGCGCCGGAGAGGACAGGACACGGACACGGACACGGACAUGCCUCUGAAACGGGAAGAUACAGAGCGAGCCCUCUUGGCCAUGGAGGCGUGUCAGUCUGCGGGCGGCGAGGGAUUCAGAGGAAGAGCAGAGCAGCUCCUGCACAUCUUCCAGAGUGACCUGUUCCAGGCCCUGCUGGAUAUUCAGGAGUUUUAUGAACUCACAGUGUUUGAAAAUCAGUCGUCUGAGCAGCCGCAGAUGCCGGGCCUGCAGAAAUAUCGCUAUCAGGAUGAAGAGACUCCGCCCCUGGAACACAGCCCCGCCCACCUGAUGGCCGGAAAGAGCGGAGAGCUUUUGCACCUUAGCGACGCAAGCCACACCCCCAUGGAUGGUGUCCAUGGUUACGCCCCCCAUACACACAUAUCACCUGCAAAGCCUGUGUUACUACCCAGCAGCCACGCCCCCUAUUACGCCACCUCAACUCUGGCUUCAGUUCCAGUAGUUAACACCAACACACUCGAUGGUUCCCCCUACAUGAAUGGGCUGAAAGGAGAAGUUGAAUAUGAAGAGAUCACGUUGGAAAGGGGGAACUCUGGUCUGGGAUUCAGUAUAGCUGGAGGAACAGAUAAUCCUCACGUAGGAGACGAUCCCAGCAUCUUCAUCACCAAGAUCAUCCCUGGAGGAGCAGCAGCUCAGGAUGGGAGACUGAGGGUUAAUGACAGCAUCCUGUUUGUUAAUGAUGCUGAUGUGAGGGAGGUGACCCACAGUCAGGCGGUGGAUGCUCUGAAGGAGGCGGGGCCUAUUGUCCGCCUUUACAUCCUGCGCCGAAAGCCAGCCGCCGAGAAACUCACCGAGAUCAAACUCAUCAAAGGGCCCAAAGGCCUGGGGUUCAGUAUAGCCGGUGGUGUGGGUAAUCAGCACGUUCCUGGUGACAACAGCAUCUACGUGACUAAAAUCAUCGAAGGCGGCGCUGCACACAAAGACGGACGGCUACAGAUCGGGGACAAAAUUCUGGCCGUGAAUAAUAUGAGUUUGGAGGAUGUAAUGCAUGAAGACGCUGUAGCGGCGCUGAAGAACACAGCUGAGGUUGUUUAUCUCAGAGUGGCUAAAGCUCCCAACCUGUACCCUCAGGACAUUUACAGCCCCCCAGAUAUCACCAGCUCGUACUCCCCUCAUAUGGAUGAUAUGGGUCAUGGCUACUUGUCAGAUUACCCACAAACCCUCACUCCUACGUCACCACGGCGAUAUUCACCCAUUCCCAAGGGCAUGCUGCUGGGAGACGAGGAUUUCCCCAGAGACCCCCGGAGGGUGCUGAUCCAUCGUGGUCUGUCUGGUCUGGGCUUUAACAUCGUGGGCGGUGAGGAUGGAGAGGGAAUCUUCAUCUCCUUCAUUCUGGCUGGAGGACCUGCAGACCUGAGUGGAGAGCUGAGAAAGGGAGACCAGAUACUGAGUGUAAACGGGGUGGAUCUGAGACAUGCGACGCAUGAACAGGCCGCAGCAGCGCUAAAGAACGCAGGACAGACCGUCACCAUCAUCGCCCAGUACAGACCAGAGGAGUACAGUCGGUUCGAGGCUAAAAUCCAUGACCUGCGGGAGCAGCUAAUGAACAGCAGUAUGGGCUCCGGAACAACGUCACUGCGGACCAGCAAGAGGAGCUUCUACAUCAGAGCCCUGUUUGAUUACGAUAAGACGGCGGACGGUGGGUAUCUGAGUCAGGCGGUCAGCUUCCGGUUCGGUGAUGUCCUGCACGUGCUGGACUGCAGUGAUGAGGAAUGGUGGCAGGCUCGGAGACUCUCACCUCACGGAGACCUGGAGGAGGCUGGUUACAUCCCCAGCAAGAGGAGAGUGGAGAGGAAGGAGUGGUCCCGCCUGCGCUCCAAGGGGAGGGACAGCAUAGGACGGGACGACUACAUUCAGAGUUAUGAGAUUGUAACACAGAUAGAAGUGCACUACGCUCGCCCCAUCAUAAUCCUUGGCCCGAUGAAGGACCGCGUCAACGACGACCUCCUGUCCGAAUUCCCAGACAAGUUCGGCUCCUGCGUCCCCCAUACGACGCGGCCCAAGCGGGACUACGAGAUGGAUGGGCGGGACUAUCACUUUGUGUCGUCACGGGAACAGAUGGAGAAGGACAUCCAGAGCCAUCGCUUCAUCGAGGCCGGACAGUACAACAGCCACCUGUACGGGACGAGCGUACAGAGCGUCCGAGAGGUAGCUGAACAGCAGGGGAAACACUGUAUCCUGGAUGUUUCUGCGAAUGCAGUGCGGAGACUGCAGGCCGCGCAGCUACAUCCCAUCGCAAUCUUCAUCAGACCAACCUCGCUGCAAAACAUACUUGAUAUUAAUAAGCGCCUGACGGAGGAGCAGGCGAGAAGAGCUUUAGACCGAGCCAUCAAACUGGAGCAGGACUUCAUUGAGUGCUUCACAGGAAUCGUUGAGGGCGACAGCUUUGAGGAAAUCUACCACCGCAUCAAAUCUGUGAUUGAGGAGCAGUCAGGACCGUACAUCUGGAUACCAGCACGAGAGAGACUGUAAACACUCACACAUACACACUCAUACACACACACACACACACCUACACACACACACACACACACACACACACACACACACACAC